AGCGAGGUACAUGCACAUCAAGAAUCGGAAUUACAAAUUUGGAAACGGAAAUUUACAUCAAUUGUGUUUCCUGGAUCUAAAGAAAACUGUUGUUUGGAUUUUAUAUGCAACAUGACUUUUGAGGAAUUAAGUGGUGUCCAGACCUUAGACAGGUAGACUGAACAUGGACUUUUUUUAACGAUUGAAUGAGACUCUUGUGCAUCAAGUUAGCGUUUGGUCGCUUGUUCAGAAGCUUGUACCGGCUCUGCUGGUAUACUAGUAUACUUCUCGGGAAUCGCACGACGAUUAAUUAUUUUUUAAACAUCACUGUUUCGAACAGGGUGGUACUCAACGGUGUAUUUCUUCUGUUGCGUCAUAGUUUUGGUUUCCGAAUUAGUGUUACAUAUAGACUCGUGUUUGUCGGACUUGGGUUCACCUAUAAAAUAAAAGUGAUGCUUGCAGCUCAGAGUCGGUGUCGCUCUAAUAGCUUGCAUGUUCCCCCCAGGAUGGAUGCAGUCGGAAAAGCUUUGGAAGAAGUUCUGAGCACUGCAUUACCUCAAGGGUGCAUAACCGUUGGUGUAUAUGAAGCGGCCAAAUCUCUCAAUGCUGAUCCAGACAAUGUGGUGCUGUGUCUUCUAGCCACUGACGAAGGUGACGAUCGGGACGUGGCUUUGCAAAUCCACUUUACUUUGAUAAGAGCUUUCUGUUGCGAGAAUGACAUCAACAUCCUGCGAGUGAAAAAUAUGAGACGUCUGGCCGAGAUCCUUGGAGGAGGGAAGCAGGGAGGGGAACCCAUGGAUAUGCACUGCGUUUUAGUCACGAACCCAUAUCCCUCCACAUCGGGCAAUGAUCCGACAGCUCUGAGAAAAGUGAACUACUUCUGCAGAGAAAGCCGCAGCCAGGAUCAGUGGGUGCCAGCUAUUAACCUUCCUGAAAGAUGAAGCAGACAAGACUGUGUUUAACUUGUUAUGAAUUGCACUGGAGUUGUGUACUGUUUUAGUGGGUUUUGCUCCAGAGGAAAAAAAUAAAAAUAAAUUAAAAACACAGCAUUGAUGUAAAACAUGAAAAAAGAUCUUCAGUGAAGAAGGCAUAAUUCUUACUAUGUCCAACUCUUGCCAUUCAUUGCUGUCCAGAUGCUAGUGAGUCAGCAGUCGGGACACCAAUGUAAGCGACUGAAGGGGGUGGGGGGUGAAAGAGCAGGAAAGGCUGUGAAGAGAGCUUUGCAAUGAGAUGGAUGCAGGAAACUGAAUCAUGUGGAUGCAAUCAGCAUUUUACAAGAAAGGGAUUUACACUAGGUUUGAAACAGGGCUCAUGCAGAAGUUGCACGUUAUGGUCCCUGACUUAAGAAGAACUGUUUGGAGAAAAGUUUGUGAAAUUUUUGUUUUUGUAGACAUUUAGUAUUUUUUCAAAGGGAAAGGCUAAAAGCCAAAUUCGCAAAUGUAUUUUAUUAAGAGUUGUUGUUCUGACUGUUCAUUUAAUGUGCGUAAGUUAUUUGUAUUAUAUUAAUGCAAUAUAUUUAUGUUGCUCUUUUUCCACAUUCACAAGUUUGUAAGAUUUAGUAUUCUGUUUUAAUAAACAAUGUUAAAAUCA